GUGGAUUGCAAGUACAGAUGAGGCGGGUACGGGUGGACCGUUCUGGACGACGAAAUUCUCCAUCGAUCAGAAUUUAGAAAGCAUGUCGGCUAAAAGAAUGAUGCCCGCUCCAAACUGGGGUGCCAAUGGCUUCUAUUUCCCACUUUAGGCUUGCCCUGUCGUAUAAAAACAAAUGUCGUCUGAGAUACGGUGAGCUUCUCCCCCUUAUCCUGUGCUCUCACCAUGUCGGAGAGCGUACAGGAGUCGAAGCGUCACCAUGAACACCAUUCCCACCUGGACGCAAAGACUAGGGUUGUAUCCAACCUCGAUGCCAAGUUGGCCAAUCCACUACGAGGGGUCCCAUACGAAACUCUCAUGAACGAGGUCGAGAUAUUCGCUCAGGAGAGGGGCCUUUCACAUAUACUUCCUGAACUGAAAAAGGGGGCUCUUGUAGCACAAAAUGCGGAUGCCUACAGGCAGUAUGACAUGUUUACAGACGAAGAUAAGAAGUUUUUGGAGGACGAGGUUACCCACAAAUGGAGACAAACAGGGACCCUGUACUACAUGGUCGUCAUGUCUUCCCUGGCUGCCGCAGUACAAGGCAUGGAUGAGGCUGUGAUUAACGGGGCCCAACUUUUCUAUCCGUCACAAUUUGGAAUGGAUACCACGACUUCGCGCGGCAGCUGGUUACUCGGCGUCGUUAACUCUGCGCCUUAUCUUUGCUGCGCAACCGUGUCAUGUUGGCUCACCCACCCAAUGAAUCAAUGGCUUGGGCGGAAGAAAACGAUUUUUGUUACUUGCUUAAUUUCGUUUCUCACUUGUAUAUGGUCAGCAUUGACAAAUACCUGGUGGCAUCUUUUCAUCGCGAGGUUCUUCCUCGGUUUCGGCAUCGGUCCCAAAUCUGCGACCGUCCCCGUCUAUGCCGCCGAAUGUGCGCCAGCUCCAAUCCGUGGUGCACUUGUCAUGAUGUGGCAAAUGUGGACAGCAUUUGGUAUCGGACUCGGCGACAUCAUUGAUCUAGCAUUCUACUUCAUUCCCGACUCAGGAGGUAUCAAAGGCCUCAACUGGCGGUUAAUGCUUGCCUCUGCGGGUAUCCCGGGUUUGAUCGUUUGCUUGCAAGUUUUAUAUGCACCCGAAUCUCCUCGUUGGCUAAUUGGCAAGGGUCGAUACGAGGAAGCCUUCAAUGAACUCUGUCGCUUGCGUUUUUCACGUGUUCAAGCUGCCCGCGACCUGUACUAUAUCCAUAUCCUGCUCGAAGCAGAGAACGAGAUGAAGAAGGGUAGAAACCGUGUCGUGGAGAUGUUUACUAUUCCCCGUAACAGGAACGCAGCGCUCGCAAGUUGGAUUGUCAUGUUUGGUCAACAAUUCUGUGGGGUAAACGUGAUCGCGUACUACUCGUCGAACAUCUUCUCCCAGUCUGGUUUCUCGGAUACUUCUGCUCUCGCAGCAACGGUUGGUUUCGGAGUUUUGAACUGGUUAUUCGCGCUCCCAGCAGUCUUUACCAUCGACACGUUCGGGCGUCGUAACUUGCUCUUGUUCACCUUCCCGUGUAUGGCGAUUUGUCUCCUGAUAACUGGCUUCUCUUUCUGGGAUACCGUCAGGGAAGGACGAAUUGCUGGGGUAGCGGUUGGCAUCUAUCUUUUCGCCAUCUUCUACUCACCCGGCGAAGGGCCUGUUCCAUUCACCUAUUCCGCCGAAGCAUUCCCACUCUACAUCCGUGACAUUGGCAUGUCCUUUGCAACCGCCACGACUUGGUUCUGGAACUUUGUCUUGUCCAUCACAUGGCCGUCUCUGGUGCUUGCGUUCAAGCCCCAAGGUGCAUUCGGGUGGUACGCAGCGUGGUGCAUGGUACUCUGGUUCCUCAUCCUCCUCUUCGUACGCGAGACGAAGGGUAAGACGCUCGAGGAACUGGAUCAGGUGUUCUCAGUGCCCGCUCGUGUCCAUGCUGCGUAUGGGCUCAGACAGAUCCCGUAUGGGAUUAAGAAGUUCAUACUGUUCCAAAACCCGACACCGGAGCAGCUUUACCAGCCAGAGUCGGAGAGUGAGGAGAGCAUUAAGGAAGGAGAUGGUGCUGGAAAGGAGGCUCACCGAAGUGCAGCCGCGGAGCCAUAGGAAGCCCCGUGUGAUUCUUCAUUGCUUCACUCGUUAAUCUUUUAUCCGAGUCCACGCGGUUCUCUGGAACAUCUAUUACGCACCUUUUAUGUCUUACGUGGUGAUACUGAUAGGCAGGCUUGUUUUGUUUGGUACAUACAUAAUUGAGUACAUACGUACACGUGUACUUCUGAACGUGCGUGUAUCCCUUUAGUCAUUAACCUUCCAAAAUCCUCGGCUGUGGGAAGGACACUAUAAGACCUUAGGAAAAGGUUCAGUUACAUUGUUGUAUGUUUCGACGUACCGUCACAGGGGUACUUCUAAUGCCAUUCCAGGAGACACGCACGAGACUCAUCAAGUCUUUUCACGAGUGCCGAUGA